AUGACAAAUUAUAAUAUUUUUUAUGUGGUUGCAUUUAAUCUUAAAUUGUUAUCUAUUUAUUUAACAUUUUCUCCUACACUGAAGAUACAGCUGUAGUUACGUACUUGUUACACAUAUAUCUUGUAGGUUACGUUUUUUUGUAACUGAAACAAAUUUACUACAAUAUAAAUUGUAUUAUCAUUAUAACAGGAUAAAAUAAGUUACUAGUAUUAUUGGUCACGUGUUUCCCCUUGUUGUACUUCACACCUGUACACAUGUUUUUGUCUAUAUUUUGUAUCUGUAGAUUUCUAGAUAGUUUCAUGUAUAUCCGAGUACCUCUUAACAGAUUCAUUUCUUUUGUCGACAGCCAUUACUCCAAUUAAGAUUUUCGUGACUUAUAACUACAAGACGGUGGAGGUGGCCAUAGAGAACUUGUACGCACUAGAGAGGUGGCGCCGGGUGUGUAUGGUGGGAGUAGAGGGCCUCAACCACACCUUCUACAUGGACGGUGUCGCCUUCAAGUCGUGGCCCUGGGCGGAGAAGUCUAGCCUUCUUCCUGGCGGGGCGCUGGUGCUGGGUCAGGAGCAGGACUUACUGAUGGCCAGCUACAACAGUGAUCAAGCCUUCCGCGGCCACGUGACUGAUCUAAACGCCUGGAGUCGGGCCCUCACGCCCACGGAGAUCCAACAACAAGGAUUGUGUGAUGCAGCAUCCACUCCUGGUGACUGGGUGAGGUGGGAUACCGAGGCCUGGCAGCCUAGCGGUCACUACCGACGCCACGCCGACGGUCCGUGCACACAGAAGACAUAUUCUCUAAUUUUUUUCAAUGUAAAGCUUACACGACCAGAGGCAUUUAAAACUUUAAGAAUCAUGGGGAUGAGCCCCUUCCUUCCGCGAAACUUGGAAGAUGCCGAAAACUUAAACAGGAAAUUGAACGUCUAUGGCACAAACUGUGAUAACGAUGCGGAUACUGGCAAUACUGUAUGGAUUAACGCCAAGUUUAACUUCACCUCCAACAGUUGGCAUAAUGGCGUGACUGGGGAGAAGCUGCAGUUUGAGCUAGAACGGCACAAACGUACUUACGAAAGCUCAGAUGGUGCUUUACAGGAUACUGACAAUACUUGGAUCACGGAUGAUAAUGAUAGCGAAAACUGCUUUGCUGGAUUAGUGCCUGACAAAGUACCACUCUUUCAUUUGCGUGGCCUGAGGCGGGUCAAGCAUCCACGAACCCUUGCAUACAGUUUUGUUCUCUCUCAGACAUCAUCUAAAUGUAGUGUUUACUUUAUAGGUCUUCUGCUUUAUAGAAUUAUUUAUGAGAGUGAUGGUUACUGGAGACUUUAUGAUUCAGGUAAAAACCAGACACUAGCUUUUUGCGAGUUUAACGGCUUACCUAUCGGCCGACUGCCAUGGUCCAUUGUCUCCAGAAAAAGACAGCUCGAACCAGAAAUUCAGAACCUGACCUUGAGCAUCUGCUCCGCCUCUGAGUUUACGUGUGACGAUGGCUCCUGCAUCAGCAUGGACGACCGGUGUGACCUGGUCAACACCUGUGGGGACUGGAGUGACGAGCGUGGCUGUGAGGUGGUCAUAGUUCCCCCAGGCUACAUCACCAGCUUCCCGCCCUCCUUAUCUCUCACCAUGACCAUCUUGGUCACUCUCCAGGUCAUCAGCGUCAACUUGCGAGAAAUGACCAUCGUCCUGGACCUGUCAGUGCAGUUGAGGUGGUACGACAGCAACGUGAGAUACCGUAACCUGAGACCGGGGACGGCCACCAAUAUCGUGGGAACGGGAGGGAGACACAGUCCACUGUGGGAGCCGAGCGUCGGGGUGACGCCCACCUACGGCUUCGCUAACCAACGCUCUUCGUUCGUUGUGGUGACGAGAGAGGCGGGUGGCAGCUACCAGGGCGACGGUAAGACCCGACACAUUGAUGGCCGUCACGUGACUUCACUCAGUCUCCUAGUACAGCCUGUUAAAAAUUGA